CAUGUUCCCUGACGAAGUGUCACCAUCUGCAACCUCAUCUCCCCUCCAAUUCUUUACAAUGAAGCCACCUAGUUUAGGAUCACCAUACCCUUGGCAAAAAGAGCUCAAAUCCGAGGAGAGGGGCCUGUGUUUGAUCCACCUGUUGCUCGCUUGUGCAAAUUAUGUUGCUGCGAGGAACCUCGAAAAUGCAAAUGUUACCCUUGAGCAAAUCUCCCUGCUUGCCUGUCCCGAUGGCGAUACGGUGCAGCGGAUUGCUGCCUACUUCACUGAGGCUCUUGCUGAUCGAAUUGUCAAAGCUUGGCCUGGUCUUUAUAAGGCCUUGCAUUCCACUAGAAUAUCUUCAGUUUCUGAAGAAAUUCUCGUUCGGAAAGUGUUUUUUGAGAUGCUUCCAUUCUUAAAGGUAGCUUAUGUGCUCACUAAUCAAGCUAUCAUUGAAGCCAUGGAAGGAGAAAAGAUGGUCCAUAUAGUCGACCUUAAUUCAUCUGAACCUGCACGGUGGAUACCUCUUCUUCAUGAAUUAUGUGCAAGGCCAGAGGGUCCUCCUCACUUGAGAAUAACCGGCGUCCACGAACAUAAAGAGGUACUAGAUCAAAUGGCUCUUAGCUUGACUGAGGAAGCAGAAAAAUUGGAUAUUCCAUUUCAAUUCAGUCCCAUAAUCAGUAACUUGGAAACACUUAAUUUCGAAAGGCUACGUGUUAAAACCGGUGAGGCUCUAGCUAUCAGCUCAGUUCUCCAAUUUCACUCCCUCUUGUCACCAGAAGAUGAUUUCCAUAGAAAGAACUCUCCCGUAGUGUUGCAGAUGGUCAAAGGCACAUUGGGUGAAUUGCUAGAGAUAGAAAUGGCCAAGGGUUAUAGCCCCAGUCCUGACUCAACCUCAUCAUCGCCACUAUCGCCAGUUGGUCCAACGAAGAUGGAUAACUUUCUUCAUGCACUUUGGGGUUUGUCACCAAAGCUCAUGGUACUUACCGAACAAGAUUCCAAUCAUAAUGGCUCCACUCUAAUGGAGAGGCUAUUUGAAGCUCUAUACUCGUAUGCUGCAUUGUUUGAUUGCUUGGAGUCUACGGUUUCAAGAACUUCAUUGGAAAGAAUGAAGAUAGAGAAAAUGCUGUUUGGGGAGGAAAUUAAGAACAUUAUAGCUUGUGAGGGAUGUGAGAGGAAAGAAAGACAUGAAAAACUUGAGAAGUGGAUUCAAAGGCUGGACUUAGCUGGCUUUGGAAGUGUACCUUUGAGCUAUUGUGGUAUGCUUCAGGCAAAAAUGUUGUUGCAGGGUUAUGGUUGUGAUGGAUAUAAGAUCAGCCGAGAAGAGAAUGGCUGUGUGUUGAUGUCAUGGCAAGAUCGACCCCUAUUUUCUGUCUCAGCUUGGAGAUGCAGGAAGUAG